AGUCUCCAAGAUGAGUUUCGUUACACGCAGAGCUCUUUCCACCCUCAUCCCCCCCAAGGUUGCCUCUCCAUCUGGACUCGGAGCUGCCAAAGAUGCUGCCCGUAUGCAACGUGUAGUUAGCUUCUACGAGAAACUUCCCCGCGGACCAGCACCAGAGGUUAAGGCCAAGGGAUUGUUGGGUAGAUACCAAGCCAAGUACUUCGGAAAGAACCCUUCUGCCACACCUAUCAUUCACGCCUUGAUCUUUUUGGUUGGUAUUGGUUAUGCUCAAAACUACUACUUCCACUUGCGUCACCACAAGAACAAUGCUCACUAGAUGGAUGAUUAAGGAGAGUAGAAGUUUGAUGGAGAACAUACGCGGGCAUUGUGUUACUUGGGUGUAAAUAAGGAAAGGAAUAGAUGAAUACCAGACAAGCCGUUAGUUGGAUCUCAUGCGUUGUGGUCAUUAUAUUGGGUGUGACGCAAUUUGUGCCCUUAAGCAACCCUAGCAAUGAUUACCCUGUGUGAUGGAAGAACCCAUUUCAAC